ACCAUAACAACGCAGCCUCUUUUCGCUCACAUACCACACAAAUCUCUUAGAUCGCACAGAUAAUUCCAGUGCCGGAAUUCGCAGAACGUUGUCUCGCAUCACGAUCGAAAGAAACCACACCCACAAGCCCCCCAUCAACCCGCCAAAAUGGGCAAGACAGCCAAACCCAAAGCCCGCCAAAUAUCCACCCACUCCCGCGCCGCCCGCCGUGCCGCAUCCCCCUCCCUCGAUGCGCCAACAGCCGCAAAGCCCUCCAACCUCUCCCGCACACGCUCCACAUCGCCCGACCACAAGACCACCAAACCGCACAUCCUCGCCGCCUCCACCGGCGCCGGCAUUAGCAAGGCCAAAUCCCCCAAGGCGAAGCCCAUGAAACGAGGACAGAGACUGAGGGCGCUCGAGGCGGCAGAAAAGGCUGAGGCGAACGCCGAGAAGCUCGCGCUCAAGGUGGCGAAGAGUUUGGGACGGGAGAAGAAAGUCAAGGAGAGGCGGAAGGGUUGGGAGGAUAUCAACGAGGCUAAACGUAAAAAGGCUGCCAAAGCCAACGCCUUCGGUGCGUUAGGCGGAGACGACGACGAUGAGGUGAAGGGCGGUGGGGAGUGGGAGACGCUCGGGGACGAAGUGAUGGAUGGGGCGGAUGCUGAGGGCGUGAAUGAGGAUUCGGUGGUUGAAGGGAAGGUGGAUGUGGAUGUGGCGGCGGGGCUGGCUUGUACGUCGAGGGAGGACCCAAAGCUGCAGGCGAUGCCGCUGCCGGAUGACGAUGUUGACCCCGACCUCUGAAGCUGGGAGAAAGGAGGCGUCAGUACCGUGAGAAAGAAGUCAUGAAUUAUGCCCAAACGGGGCAGAAUGAAUAAGAGCGGAGUGAGCGAGAGUGGACGUG